CAUAUGAUCUCUGGCUUAAAAGAAAUCAGAUUUGCUGCUAUUCUGCUCUACCAGCCACAUCACCAGGGCAACAUGGCAUUCGCAGGCAAAUACGAGUUCGAAAGUGAUGAGAACUAUGAUGACUUUGUCAAGAAGAUUGGUCUCCCCAGUGACAAAGUUGAAAAGGGAAGGAAUUGCAAAGUAGUCAUUGAAGUGGUACAGAAUGGAAAUGACUUCACCUGGACACAGCAUUUCCCAGGAGGCCACGCCACAACCAACUCAUUCACAAUUGACAAGGAAGCAGACAUGGAGACAUUUGGUGGUAAAAAAUUCAAGGCAACAGUUAAAAUGGAAGGGGGUAAACUAGCAGUUGAGUUUCCCAACUAUCGUCAUACCGCAGAGAUUUGUGGAGGAAAGCUAGUAGAGAUUUCUACGUGUUCUGGUGUAGUCUACAAAAGGACCAGCAAAAAGAUUGCUUAA